UCAGUCCAGCAAGUCAUUUCCCUGGGCGGGUCGGUGCGCCCCGAGAGGUGGGCCCAGGGCCGGGGGUGGGGCUGGACGGGUGACGCUUCCCAGGCGGCUUGGGGGACCCGGUGAGGAAGGACAGGAGGCCGGGAGCCUCCCCCGUGCCUUUUAAUUAGUCGCGACCCCCUGGGACGCGGUGUCCGCCAGGGUCCCUCCGGGCCGCGCGCUCUUCGCGGCCCCAGAGGCGGCGCCCGGGCCCUGGGCGCCCUUGACCCCCGGGAGACGGACGUCCCACCUCGCCCAGGGCAAGGCCAGGCAGUGGUAGGCUGAACCUGCGACCCCCGCCUCAGUCACCUGCCUCUUAGGGGCCGCGCUGCGUCCACGGGCUGGGAUGGCGGAGGCGGCGCUGAUGGACCCCGCGCAGGGCUGUGUGACCUUUGAGGACGUGACCAUUUACUUCUCCCAGGAGGAGUGGGGACUCCUUGAUGAGGCUCAGAGACUCCUGUACUGCGAUGUGAUGCUGGAGAACUUUGCACUGAUAGCCUCUUUGGGACUUACCUCUUUCAGGUCCCAUGUGGUUGCCCAGCUGGAGAUGGGGGCAGAGCCCUGGGUGCCUGACCGAGUGGACAUGACUUCUGCCAUGGCAAGAGGGGCGUAUAGAGGGUGUGGCUUGGAUUUCUGCUUCAGGACAGAGGGUGAGGAGUCCUCUUCUGAGCUUAGUGUCUCUGUAGAAGUGUCACGGGACAUGAAUUCCAAGUUGGUUCCAUCCAUCCAGAAGGACGACCCCUGUGACAGGUGUGGCCUACACUUGAAAGACAUUUUACACCUGACUGAACACCAGGCAACAGCCCCCAGGUGGAAACCACAUGUGUGUGAGGCCUAUCAGAGAGAGUUCAAGUUCAGUGCUCGCCUUCACCAGCCACAAAUGCAACAGAAUGUGGACAAGCCUAUGGGAAGGAAUGAAAGCAGGGCCUUAUUUAUGAAGGGCUGCAGAGAUGACACAUCAAAGAAUGCUUUUAUCCCAAGGGACAGUGGGAAGGCCUUUGUGGCCAAAUGUGAUUUCCUCCAGCAUCAGGCCACUCCCAAUGUGGGGGAGGCACACCUGAGCUCCAAAGGCAUGAGGCAUUUUCCCACUGUGCAAUGUAGUAAGAAGUGCAGUAAACUUGAGAAUGCUCCCAGUGACAAGCCCACACUUGUUCAGCAGAGAACCCACACUGGAGAAAGGCCUUAUGAGUGCAGCAAAUGUGGGAUAUUCUUUAGCUAUGCCACUAGCCUCUUUCAACACCAGAGAGAUCACAACAGAGGAAAGCCUUAUGAGUGUUGUGAGUGUGGGAAAUUCUUUAGCCAGCACUCCAGUCUCAUCAAACAUCAAAGAGUUCACACUGGUGAGAGCCCUCACGUGUGCAGUGAAUGUGGGAAAUUCUUUAGCCGAAGCUCUAAUCUCAUUCAACAUAAGAGGGUUCACACUGGAGAAAAGCCUUAUGAGUGCAGUGAAUGUGGGAAAUUCUUCAGCCAACGCUCCAACCUCAUUCAUCACAAGAGGGUUCAUACUGGUAAAAGUGCUCAUGAGUGCAGUGAAUGUGGGAAAUCCUUCAACUGCAACUCUAGCUUAAUUAAACAUUGGAGAGUUCACACUGGAGAAAAACCUUAUAAGUGCAACGAAUGCGGGAAAUUCUUUAGCCACUUUGAUGGACUCAUUCAACAUCAGAUAGUUCACACUGGUGAGCGGCCCUUUGGGUGCAGCAUAUGUGGGAAAGCCUUCAGCCGAAGCUCUGAUCUCAUGAAACAUCAGCGAGUCCACACUGGUGAACGGCCUUAUGAAUGCAGAGAAUGUGGGAAAUUGUUUAGCCAAAGCUCCAGCCUCAAUAGCCAUCGGAGACUUCACACUGGUGAGCGGCCUUAUCAGUGCCCUGAAUGUGGGAAAUUCUUUAGCCAACGCUCCAGCUUCAAUAACCAUCGGAGACUUCACACUGGUGAGCGGCCUUAUGAGUGCCUUGAAUGUGGGAAAACCUUCAGACAAAGUUCUAAUUUGAGGCAGCACCAGAAAGUUCACAAACCAGAGAAGCCAUAUAAGUGCCAUGAAUGUGGAAAAGCUUUCAGCCAGAGGUCUACCCUCAUCCGGCAUCAGAAAAUUCAUGCUAGAGAAAGGACUUCAGGGAAUGUGCUCCCUCCUUCUUCAACACAAAGGCACACACUAGAGAUUGGCUCUGAGAGUGGUCUUUAUUAGGGAGCUGUCAGGCAGAAGUUGAACUUUGUUCAUCCAGAUAUCAAUGCUGGAGAGAUUCCCAAUGGAUACUAGAUAUGUUGGAAGCUUUCUGGAGCAAGGUUACAUUUUCUGACCAUGGACUUUGUCAGAGUUUUGUCACUGCUAGUAUCUGUGGCAGAAGCCUUCUCCGGUGUACCCACUGGCAGGUCUCCAGAGUGUGUGUCAGCUACAUCCUGUUUUCUCAGGCCUCUGUUUCCUUUUUCCAAGAGGUAAUUGCGAGUAGCUUGAUGCCACAAGAUGUCAUUCCCUCCCACUGUGACUGGCUUAGCUGUGGACAUGACUUACCUUGGGCUGUGAAGACCUGAGCUGGGUCCUACUGGCAGCUUGCAGAGGUUUCCCUUUUUCAAGGACAUUGUUGAUCUUGUAAGACGCUCAUUAUGGAUUCAUCCAACUUCCAUACCACCCAUCCAAACAAUUAUUUACUUUACAUCCUUCUGGUUUGGGUAAUAAGAGCCUUAUUGAUAAAGCCACUUUUAAUCUCUUGUGUUCUGAUAACUGUGUGAAGUAGGCUGAGAACAAAAUGAAGAUCUACCAAACCAAAGGGUGUCUCCAAAAUUAUUGCUUCAGGGAAGAGUAGGAUGGUAGAGAACAGUCCUCAGGCCAGACUUGGCCUCAUUUGUGUUGCUACCCAAGGCCUCCAAGGGAAGCUUGUAGGGCUUUGUGGGCCUAAUGUUGUGGUCUGAGUGGCAUGAACUUUUGUGGAUCAUAGAUUACCCUGAGGAAGCAGAGACUGUACAACCUUCAGUGCACCUGGAAGCAGCAUGAUUUGGGCUCCUUGUUUCCUGGGGAUGCCUCCUAUUCUCUAGCACUGUUGAGUAGACACAUUUUACCUGCCCCCUGCCAAGGAAUUAUAUACCUUGAUGCCUAACAGCCAGUAAUAUGUAACCAGCUGUAAGACUUACUGGGUCCAGUUAACAAACAGGGUAUCUAUCUGUUUUAAAAGUGUAUCCACAAAUGUUCCCUUAAAUGUGACUGUGCAAGAUUUGGGAUUUGCAGAAGUUUUCAGGACCUCCAGACCUCUGUUCUAUAACUAAGGGCACUGGCAGAGCAAAUAAUCUAAAUGUUUUGUGGAUUACUACAGGCUCUCUGCAUUAUUUAUGUCAAAGCCAUUGCUGUGUUGGUAGGAAAAUGGGGAUUAAAAGAAGGCAGAUCCUGUACACCACCGAUAAGGCAUUAGAGACACAGCUAGCCAUCUUUGCUGCCAACACAUGAGGAGCAAGGUAGUAGUUAAUAUGAGGUUGCCAGAUCUUCAAGUUUUCUAAAAUGAGUGGGAGAUCAGGUUUUUAUGUGCAAGAGUUUCUUUUAAUGCUUUGUUGAGAUAUAAUGUUCAUGCAAUAAUAGGCUGUACUUAUUAAAUGUGUACAAUCUAAGUUUUUAAAUAUGUAUACACUCAGGGAGCCAACACUAUAAUUAUGAUAAUGAACCUAUCCCUCACCUGCAAAGCUACCUCAUGCCCCUUUACUACCCCUCCUUGCCUUCCCCAGGAAAACCAUUGAUUUACCUUUUUUCACUAUAGAUUUGUUUGCCUUUCUUAGAGUUUUAUACAAUUGGAAUCAUAAAGUAUUCCUACUCUA